AUGGUACAUACAUACUAUGCAGCCAUGUCUAAACAUACACCAGAUGCUAGUGCUCUGAAGAGCAUCCCGCCAGAGCUGCUGUCGACUAUUCCGGGCGCUCAGCCGCCGCCGGGAGUCACACCAAACUUCAAUGAUCCAGUGUCCCAAGUUCCGGUUAUCAUAGGAGUAGGGACAGCUUUCCUCGCAAUGGCUUGUUUCUGCUUCUUCGUUCGCAUGUAUACGCGGCUUGCCAUUUCAAAAACAUGGAAAUGGGAUGACUCUGACUGCUUCCAACUAGUGACAAUAUCUAUAGGAUUUCUAUUCAGUCUCGUAUAUUAUGCGGCAACAAUAAAUGGAUGUGUCAAUGGUAUCGCGGGUAGACACGAAUGGGAUGUGCAUCUGGAUAAGCUCAUUGGAAAUGCCCAUCUUUAUCAAAGCUACCUUACAGUUAUCACAGCAACACCGGCAUUAGGGCUCAUCAAACUCAGCCUCUUUAUCCAAUAUUACCUCCUAUUCAAAGUUAGGCGAUAUGUCAGGAUUAGUGUGUAUGUAGGAGCCACGCUAUCAGGCCUUUUCUACAUUGCAACUUCAAUCACAUCGUUUGUGAUGAGCAGCCCAUGGCCGGGAGAGUCUAUUCUUGACUGCAUCCUCUCAUGGCACUACCUUAAAUUUGCCGAAUUCUCCAUUCCUACCGGCAUCAUCGGUUCGCUGGUCGAUCUGGUUCUCUUCAUCCUUCCAAUGCCGGCAGUAUGGCAGCUGCAGCUAUCUACUGCGAAGAAAGUUGGUAUCAUUCUUGUGUUCAUGACUGGUGGCCUUGCCGUUGCUGCCUCCGGUGUGAAUCUUUACUACCGUGUCCUGCUUCAAAAUGAUGUCAGUGAUGCAUCAUGGAAAGUCGGCUACGUUUUGCUCUGGACAAAGAUAUUGACUUCCGCCAAUGAGAGCUAUACCGUCAAGAAUGACGAAGAGGAACAGCCUCAGUAG